AGCAUCAAGCCAGGAGAAUCAUCUCAAAUAUCAGAAGAGCAAGAAGCCUCCACAUCAUGUGUCACAUCCCCGCCUUCUGCUGGAUCUCAGCCACUGUGCUUCAAAACAUCCUGAAACAAGGUGCAGAAAUCCUCAAACUCUAACUGAAAUGUACAUCUACUUCCUGAUCAUUCAAACAAACACAAGGAACCAGAAGUAUGAAAAGAGACAUCCAGAGAAAUUCCUGAAGUCCAACAGAGAAGUGAUUGUGAAACUUGCUGAACUGGCUUACAAUCAGAUGAUGAAAGGCAAUGUGAUGUUUUAUGAGGAGGAUCUGAGAGAGAGCGGCAUAGACGUCACUGAUGCUUCAGUGUAUUCUGGGAUAUGCACUGAGAUCUUUAGAGAGGAGUCUGUGAUUCAUCAAAGGAAGGUUUACAGCUUUGUGCAUCUCAGCUUUCAAGAGUUUUUUGCAGCACUGUAUGUGUUUUACUGUUAUUUAGACAAAAACAGCGAUGUUCUGAAAAUGUUCCUGACAGGAAAGUCCAAAUCCCAGUGUGAGAAUGUUGCUCUGGAUGUGCUUCUGAAGGGAGCAAUGAGUAAAGCUUUAAAGAGUAAAAAUGGACACCUGGAUCUUUUCCUUCGAUUUCUUCAUGGCAUCUCACUGAGUCCAAUCAGAGACUCUUACAGGAUGUACUGAUACACACAGAGAACAACCCAGAGAGCAUUAA